CAAAGAAGUGUAAACUCUUCUGGGCUAUACAGGAAGUAGAUAUGGCGGAACUUGGAGAUGCUGUUUGCGUCACAAGCAUUGCGACAAAAGCAUCACAAUACAUUAGAUGAGACAGUCUUAAGGAGCUGGGUCGGAGACAAGACCGAGAGAAAUGGAGGAGGAUAUUAGAAAGAAGGGGAUGCUGUAUUUACAACAGCAGCGGUUUGGGAAGAAAUGGCGUAAGGUCUGGUCCGUGCUGUUCCGAGAGAGCUCCUGCUCCAUCUCUCGCCUUGAGUUUUUUGAGUUUAAAGAUGGAGCUGGCAACACGCUGGAGAAAGCCAACCGCAAACAGGAAAACAAAAAGGUGAUAAAAAUGAAUGACUGCAUUCGUGUUUCUGAGGCUGAUAUUGAAGGCUGUCCACGGGAUUGUGGACCUUUUUUGGUGGAGACAACUGAAAAGACAUUUAUUUUCGCCGUUGAGACAGCUGAACUGGAGGACUGGAUCCAGAAACUGUGUGAAAUUGCCUUUCCGAUGAGCUGGACAGAGAGAGGAGCAGUGAGAGGAAACAGUUUACAUGCUGAAUCUGAUGACGUCACGAUGGCGGACAACACUCUCUACUGCAGCAGAGAAACUGCAAUGAAAGACUUUAAGGUGACGGUGAGGCGUACAGAGGCUUCUGAGAGAUGCGGCCUGAAAGGAACAGUGCUGUUACGGACUGAUUUUGAUAGCCUCCUUCUGAAGGAACCAAAGACAGGAGAGGUUCUCUACUCCUGGCCCUAUCGCUUCCUCCGCAGGUUCGGCAGAGACAAGGCAACAUUCUCCUUUGAGGCUGGGCGAAGAUGUGACUCGGGGGAAGGCAACUUUGAGUUCGACACAAAGCAAGGAAACAGCAUCUUCCAAUCUGUAGAGGCCGCCAUCAAUCUACACAGAGUCAAUUUACCUCAGAAGCAGAUAUCAAGUGGGGAGCGAGAUACCAUGCCCCCUUCACCUCGAAUGAGAGCUGUGGCAGAGGAUGCCGGUAUCUACAGUAUGGUGACUGAGGGAGCAAUCAGAGACGGACUCAAACAACCCCAGAACCCUCAGCAAACCAGACUUGAAGCCCCUGCAGAGAAACUUCUUACCGGAGUCAAGAGUCUGACCCUGGACACCAGGCCUCCGCCGCGAAAGAGCCAGGUCAAGAACUUCCGCAGCUGUCCUUUGGUCAACAGCGAGGAAGAGAUGUAUUCCCGGGCCAUGGCCCCUGAUCCAGAUCGGGGAAGUCCAGGGGAGAAGAGAGAUACAAAAGACAGACGUUCCACAUGCUCCAACCCUGAGGACUCCGACUACUCGCUGCCCUUUGACACCAUUGCCAAGAAUGUUAUGGGAGACAUUUUGUCCGCAUCAAACCCUCCACCCAUGUUUGUAGAACCCAGUUGUGAAAAUGACAAGAAAGUUAAUUUAGAAAACACAGAACCACUUUAUGACAUAAUAGAUGAAACUGCAAUCAGAACCCGUUUCUCAAACAGAAAAGCACAUUCUUACAAAAGAGUGGAGCACAUUUAUGAUGAACCAGAGGGUUGUGGUGUGGCCCCAAGUGUGCCGUCAUCGCUCUAUGAUGAACCGGAGGAGGUCAAAGGUCAUGCUUGGAAGAUGUUGGGCACAGUAAUGGAUCCGAGCGGUCAUGAGUACCCUUACAACGCUUCUGCCGAUGACUACGCGGUUCCUAAACCUCCCAGGAGGGCCUUGCUUUCAAAGCAGAAGGACAGUGAGGAAGAUGACAGUUCAAUGUAUGAUAACAUUAUGGUGAAAGGAGUGCAAAAGAAUAACUAAGGACUGCUUCAGAAUCUAAAGAGGACAGUGAAGUUAAAUAUAAGUGAGUGUGCGAAUGAGUGAAUGAAAUAUUUAAUCAAUUAAUAUGCAUAUGGAUAAUAGUCAUCAGAGUGCUUUACUGUUCUUCAAAAAGCUGUGAUCUGCAACACGUAUCAUCACGUUGGUCGAUACGAUUAACAGUUCAAUUCCUCUCUGGGGGUGAAUCACUGUAGCCUAACUUUAACCAAAUGCGCUAAAAUUGCACUGCAAUGCGAAUGUUUAAAUUGUCAUUAUUUGAAUCACAGACAUACACUUUUAAUGUAAAUUAGGCUUGUUUUAGAACAUGCAUCAUUAUUUGUAGUGUUAUUAACAUCGCGCUAUAUUGAUCCUGUGAACGUUUAUUCUUCAAAUGAUGGUAAAGUGUGAAAUAAAAGCAAUUUAUUCAAACGAGCACAAUUUUGGCUGUUUAAGUGCACCCAUAAUCCAUAACCAUCUAAAUGCACUAAAAUAGCCAUAUGCAGUGAAUAUUCUUUAAGUGCAAACGCUCCUCUUUUUGUGUAAAUUAGGCUAAUUAUAGACGGCACCUUAUAUUCACAACAUGCAUUGCUAUUUUCCAGCCUAGUUAACAUUGCAUUAUGUUGAUCAGGUGAAAAAUUAUUUGUAAAACCUAUUUAUAUAGAGCACACUUUUGGAUUUUUAAAGAACGCCUGUAAUCCAGUUGAACCAGUAAAAACUAAACUAAACUAAACCAAUAAUUAAAUAUGUAAAAGUAGCAAUGCGCAGUGAAUGUUAUGUUUUAAAGUGCCUUUUUUUAAAUGUAAAUUAGGCUCAUUAAAGACUGCACCUUGUUCACAACUUGCAUCGCUAUUUGCCAUUGAAAUGAUCAUUAUGUUAUAUUUAUCAUGAAUAUUUAUUCAUAAAGUUUUAUUUAUUUAGACGAGGCCACUCUUGGCAAACGUCUAGCUAAAUGCGCCAACCAACCCUUAAGAUCUGCAUUUGCAUUCAGCACAAAUUCUGUGGACAUGUUUGCAUUGUUAACUAAUUUGCAUAACCACAACUGCUAAAACAGCGCUAUAGCAGGCACAGUGCAUUUUUAGUGAAUUCCCCAUUAAGUGUCCUAAUAGCACACAAACGUAUCUACUAUGACCUUCACUAUCUACAAAGGCGAAGUUGAUUUUUAUCUGGUUGUAAAUCAAAGAGUAAUUUAGCUUCGGUUGAACGCGGGGCUCUAAUAGCCCUUCUUCUGUCUUUUUUUCUGGUCUCAGUUCUACGGGACUGUGAUGAGAGCUCACACAGGUAAUUAAAGUCCUGCAGAUCUCUCCCAAAAUGUAUGGCGCCCAUCACCUAAUCCUCCGCUCACUAAUGAUGGACAAGGGAGUUCCGCUGAGUAUCAUUGGACUAUUCAGGCCAGACUCUGACUUUCCCUCUCACAGGCUUCCUAUUUUGAGGAACACAUGAAUAAUAAUAACUUGACUUGCAGAGGGAAACUGGGGCACUGUUAGGAUGCUGCUGGGCUCCCUGCCUGCCACGGUUCAUGAGUCCCACACAGUCUUGAGACUUUUAAAAGUCUGAAAACGCUUUACAGCUCUUAUCAAUUCAGUGUCUUUCCUCUUUCAGAGCAUUCCAGAAAUAUGAACUGCAUCGCACAUGAUGUGAAUGGUUUUUGAUGUAUUUUACUGUAUAUUGACCAUGUUUUAAAUGCACACAGCAUAUUGUUAUCGUUGUAAUUAGACUGGAUAUAGUUCAAAGCAUACGUGAGGGCAAUUUAAAGCUAUCCGCUGCCAUCAGACUGAAGAGAGAUGUGGUGGCAAUCUGCUACUGGAACAUUUUAGCAUAGUUUUGCAACUCAUUAACGGAGUAAACUGGUACAGACUUAAGACGUCAUUACAGUACACUGAUGCACUUAUUCCAGCUUUGGGAGGCUGGUGUGACAUGAGCUCUGCAUAAAUGCUGAAAAAGAUGAAAGAUGAAAGCUUUGCUAAGCACCGACUCUGUGGCCUAGUUCCUUGUUGUGUAAAAUAGGUUGUUGAACAGCAGGGGGCACUGUUUCUCCUCAGUAGGGAGCCAAAACACUGCGUGGUUGGAGUCGUGGUGUGUGUCGUUGUGAGAGAGUCGAAAGCUUCAGGGGUGUUGAUUUUUUUGUCAAUAAAAAAUAUUUUCUCUCUUA